UCAAUCAUCAUCAUCAUUUAAGCCUUCGCCUGUUUAUCUUGACUACUACCGACUUUGGGGAUAAUAAAUUCAUCUCAUUUUUUCAGAUUUGGAACCCUAAAUUUUUUAGUUGAUUUUCUCUGAUUUCUGCAAAAAUGGAUAGAGCAAUUAACAGGCAAAAAAUUCUUCUCGAUCAUCUUCGUCCUCCUUCUUCCUCCGAUCACAAUUAUGAAGCUGUUCUCUCUGCAACUAAUUGCAUGGCGGGGGAUUCUGCUGCUUAUCACAGGACUAGUGCUUUUGGUGAUGAUGUUGUCAUAGUAGCAGCACACCGCACUCCACUUUGCAAGGCAAAACGAGGUCUAUUCAAGGACACAUUUCCUGAUGAUCUUCUUGCACCAGUUUUGAAGGCAGUAAUAGAGAAAACAAAUGUGAACCCUGCUGAAGUUGGGGACAUUGUUGUGGGAACUGUUUUGGCCCCAGGUUCUCAGAGAGCCAGUGAGUGUAGAAUGGCAGCAUUUUAUGCUGGUUUCCCAGAAACUGUUCCUGUAAGGACUGUGAAUAGGCAAUGUUCUUCUGGGCUACAGGCAGUUGCUGAUGUAGCAGCAGCCAUCAAGGCUGGAUUUUAUGAUAUUGGAAUUGGUGCGGGAUUAGAGUCUAUGACAACAAAUGCUAUGGCUUUUGAUGGAUCUGUGAAUCCCAGAGUAAAGGAUUUUGUUCAAGCCCAAGAUUGUCUUCUUCCUAUGGGUAUAACUUCAGAAAAUGUGGCACACCGUUUUGGUGUGACAAGGGAAGAACAGGACCAAGCAGCGGUAGAGUCUCACAGGAAGGCUGCUGCUGCAACUGCUGCUGGUAGAUUUAAAGAUGAAAUAAUACCCGUACACACAAAGAUUGUUGAUCCAAAAACUGGAGAUGAGAAGCCUAUUACUGUCAAUGUCGAUGAUGGUAUCCGGCCGAAUGCAAGUGUUGCAGAUCUGGCCAAGUUAAAGCCUGUAUUCAAGAAGAGUGGGACAACUACUGCCGGAAAUUCUAGCCAGGUGACUGAUGGUGCCGGAGCUGUUCUGCUAAUGAAGAGAAGUCUUGCCAUGCAUAAAGGGCUACCUAUUCUUGGUGUCUUUAGGACUUUUGCUGCUGUUGGAGUUGACCCUGCUAUCAUGGGAAUUGGCCCAGCUGUCGCAAUCCCAGCUGCUGUGAAGGCUGCUGGCUUAGAACUUGAUGAUAUUGAUCUCUUUGAAAUAAAUGAGGCAUUCGCUUCUCAGUUUGUGUACUGCCGUAAGAAGUUGGAACUUGAUCCAGAGAAAAUCAAUGUAAAUGGAGGGGCUAUGGCAAUAGGGCAUCCUUUGGGUGCAACAGGUGCUCGUUGUGUUGCCACCUUGCUGCAUGAGAUGAAGCGUCGUGGUAAAGACUGCCGAUUUGGAGUUAUAUCAAUGUGCAUAGGAACUGGUAUGGGUGCUGCAGCUGUUUUUGAGAGGGGAGAUGCUGUCGAUGAGCUAUGCAAUGCUCGUAAGGUUGAAAGCCAUGGUUUCCUAUCCAAGGAUGCUAAAUGAUCUUUUAGAACAGCAAGCAAGUGGUGAAAAGGGUUUGGAGAACAAAGUUUACAUUAUGAAUAUUUUCAAAGUGUACAACUACCAUUAGGCGUACUCUUGUCACCAACUACUAUAUCAUAGAAUAGAGAAAGCCUAGUAUCUGAUACUUUCUGUUCUGGUAUUGAAUGUAUUGCAGAAACUCCAGUAUUAAUCUUUCAAAUAUUAUAAUCUUCAUAACAAUAAAAUGUGCAAUAAAUUUUACUCGUAUGUGCGAGGGCUUUUGAAAUCCGUUGUUUAUGUCUAGGCAGCUCACCCAUCAAAAGCCCUGUAGUGUUAUAUUUCUACUGCUUCUGUUCAUACUCUCGUACUGACUGUAAAUGUAUACAGAGUGCUAUUAAUUUUGAAA